CUUGACACCAAAGAUACCUUUUUCUUACACCAAUGAAUCAUUAGCUUGAUGCCUUUCCGGUGACUCCAACGUUCUCAUGAGGGACAUUUUUGUUGAGCCAAUACCGUAGCCCCUAUUAGAACGAAUAAUCAAAGCGAGGUAGUCUACCGUAUUCAAAGGGUGGGCUCGCUCUGCAGUCUGUUACUGUAGUUGAAGUCAGCUCCAACCUUCGAGUUCAGGUUGUAUUGUCCGACGAUGACAGAGUUGAAAGUGACCAUGAGGACCCACAGGUGUUGGUCUCGUAAAGUGGUGACAGUGGCACUGAUCAUGAUGGGUAGCCACCACUGUCAUUUCUCAAUGGCCUUUACGUCGACGUCGUCGUCGUCAUCCACGACGAAAAGCCAUUGGGGACGAGCAGUGCCAUUCGCCGCCACCAAGAGUCGUAUUGAUCAAGAACACGACGACGACUAUUCUCGCGGUCUCUCUCCUCGUCAAGAACGCGCGCAGAUUCAAAAGGAACACAUCCCUCUUUACGAUGAAGGAAGCAAGUGGCCUCGUCGCUGUUGGAAUCUUCUGACCAAACCCUUUCGACGUCAUCAUCAGAAACCAGGGACACUGAUACUCAUCAAGAGUGGAGAAUCCAAGUGGAAAAAACGAGGAAUCUUUACCGGAUGGACCAAUAGCAAUAAUCAGGUCACGCUCACGCCACAAGGAGAACAGGAAUGUCGUCAUGCCUCGCGCUUGUUGCUCGAAGCGGGAUAUUCCUGCGAUCAGGUACAUUGUUCCAUGCUCAAUCGAGCCAUUCAAUCCGUAUGGAUCAUCAACAAGGAAACCGGAUCCAUUUUCCUGCCAGUGUACAAGUCGUGGCGUCUCAAUGAACGCAUGUAUGGGUCCUUGCAGGGCAUUUCCAAAAAGGCGGCGGGCCUCAAGUUUGGACAAGAUGUUGUCCAGAGUUGGAGACGAAGUUUCAAGGCUCGGCCUCCUCCAAUGUCCAAAUCAGAUCCUGACCACCCCAUUCAUGACAGACGAUAUGCCAAUAUUGACCCAGACCUCAUACCAUCCAGUGAAUCCCUGCAGGAUUGCAUGAAACGACAAAAACCGCUCUGGGAUUAUCGCAUUGCACCAGCACUCAAAGCAGGCUCCAAUGUCAUGGUACUGGCACAUUCCAAUUCACUACGAGGAUUGGCAAAGAUUAUUGAUGGCAUUGAUGAUACCGUCAUUGAGGAUAUCGCAUUUCCACCGGGCAUUCCCGUCGUAUACAAAUUCCAAUUCGACGACAAUAACUACAAUAAACUCAAACCACUGGUACCACCCGAGGGGUCCUUGGUACAGGAGCAUACCACGGGAGUCUUUUUGGAAAAACCAGGACUCCUCAAGGAAGCCCUCCUGCGACAGACCCAAUGGCAAACAUCCGUACCGGGAGCGGCCGAUAUUGAAUUGGCACCCACCGUCAAGAGAAUGAACAAUAUGGAGGAAUCCUUGCUGCUCUUGAAAAAGGAACAGGAAUUGGAACAUUGGGCUGCAACACACCCCAAUCACCAAACAGAUUUUCUACACAAUGUGCCAUCGCCUUUUCAUCAUUCUCCACAAGAAAGCAAUCCGAAUCGUGGGAUUUUGGAGGCGAUCCAUCGAACCAUCCAACGCGUCCAGCCAACGGAGGAAAACACAAGCGAGGCCUACAUUAUUAAUGGUGAUAAUGAUCAGGGAGAAUUUGAAGAGCCAAUGCAUACUAACACAAACAACAACAACAUCAAUGCGGCAGAUGGCAAUUCCAUGACGGGUCCCCGCGUCGUUCCCAACAUGGCUUACGGCAUCGACAUUGCUCCCGAGGAUCCAGUGGUUGUGUUUGUUCGCCAUGGAACGACACCACACAAUGAACUGGGGCUCUUCACAGGAUGGGAGGACCCGCCCUUGUCCGAUCAGGGUGUGGACGAUGCCAAACGAGCUGGCCAGUUGCUGAAACAACACGGCUUUGAAUUUGAUGUGGUCUACAGUUCCUGGCUGCAAAGAGCCAUUGAUACUGCCUUUUACAUCCAAACAGAGCUGGACAUGCAGUGGCUGCCCCUAGUCAAGAGCUGGAGGCUCAAUGAACGCCAUUAUGGUAAACUCACGGGGCAAAGCAAGAAGAUGGUUGCGAACACGUAUGGCCAGGACCAGCUCAAGAUAUGGAGGCGCUCGUUUGAUGUUCCACCGCCCAAAGCAUCCUCGUACUCCUUUAGUUACCCUGGAAACGACUAUCGGCGAAUCAAAUAUGCCAAAGACAUUCGCAUCUCCCUUACCGAGACAUUCUGCAGAUCUAUUGAAGCCAGACGUUUUGAGCUUCACCGGAAAUGGCCCAAGGCGGAAAGUCUCAAGACGUGUAUGAAACGCAGCAUUCCGUUCUAUACGCGUCGAAUAGUCCCGGAAGCAGUCAAAAAGGGCAAACGAGUGCUGGUGACAAGCCACGAGAAUGCCAUUCGCGGCAUCCUUAUGCAUCUUUGCGAGAUACCACCGGAACACAUGAAUGAUUUGCACCUGCCAAACGGGCUCCCUCUCAUUUAUAAUGUGAGGAGGAAAUGCAUCAGUCUUCUGCACGAUGGAACGGAAAAAGACCCCAUGGAAGUUUAUGAUUUUGGAUCGGCUGCUCAGUACCUGUUUCGCCCUUGUGAGAUUACCGAUGAAGAUUUUGCCAGGAUGGAGGAGCAUGCGUCUGCUGUGGUGGAAUCCAUGGACGUGUUGUUACAAGCAAAGAAGACCGAAGCGCUUACCUGAGCGCGGCAUGACGUGACGAGAUUCCAUUCUGUUACCAAGUCUUCCUGUGCCGUUGACCAAUUUUUGCUUGUGUGCGUGUAGAGUCGAUCCCAGAUGGAGACGUCCAUAUGACACCCAACCACACUGCCGAUUCUUCAAUCGGGUGGGACGACAUCCAAUGCUUGUGUCAAUCAAGCAGUCAUCAUGGGAUGACUUUGGACAAGAAAUCAAUAGCUGCUAGCCACAUGAAUCGAUUCUAGCUAGGUAAACACUGAGUCCAGCUACACACGUCCAAUAUUUUGAUGGUCAUAUUUAUUUGUUUU